AUUACAAAGAAAGAAUUCAAUUUAUAUAUACAAAACUACAAUUAAAUAACGACAUUCAACAGGGGAAACAACACAACAGGUUUUUGGCGGGAAUGAUCUUUUGUUCCUAAAUAACGUAACAUAUCAAUAUGCACAUGUAAAAAGCAACCCUAGAGCAAUUGUGUCUCCUGUGAAUUAGGCAUAAUUCCUGCUGGCUGGAAUGUCUCGUGAAUGAUGAAGUUCUUGCCAGAACUUAUACCGGGGAAUCCCUGUGCCUGAGCGUUUCGAUUAAACGUGCCACCGCUAAAGGGCGCUGGCAGUACCAUUUUCAGAGAACGCAGAGAUGAAAACAUUCCAGCUUAUAAUAUGAAUGUAACGUUUGUCUGCUCGGUCAGUGGUAUAUUGACAACAGAAGUGCCCAAGGAUUUCCAACCAGCGACCAGUUUACAGUCUCCACCCCUUAGUUACCUACCAACUACGAACACCGUGUUUCCAAAACUUUCGCAACACGCUGUUUUCGCCAACCGUGCUUUGGACAAUGGCUUAGAAGAUGUUGGCAUCCCAGGUAGAGGCUUUGCCGAAAGACAAACACAAGCUGGGUAUUCAUACCUGAAACCACUAUUGAUCGACCUCAAGUUACCGUCCAAAGAUCAAAGGAUUAAAUCAAUCAUCGAUAAGCAAAGAUCAUCAAAGGAAGUACAGUUCAGCAAUCAAAUAGCACCAACGGGAAAACUGGAGACAUCAGUGAAUAGUUCAUCGAGGCUGCGAGCCGAGGUGAAACAUCAUCCCCACGUUCCCGAACGAUCGUCCUCGUAUAGAGUCGUGGAAGAGCACGAUGAAUACCUAACAGACGAUUCGGAUCAUGCAGGAUUGGCGUAUCGUGGGAAGGCUCAGACGACGAAUCCCCAUCGUAAUUCGCAAGACAUAACGACGGUCAUCAAAGCCCUCGAUCACUUCCUGAGCGGGGUUCUAAACGAUGAUAGUUACAACAGCGAGCUACAUCCACCGCCCAAUCCUGUUUUAGCCCUGGUCCUAUCUCGAUACGGCCGAUACGUGCUCGGGGCACGAAACCCUCGCAUCUACGCCCACAUGGCCGUGAACAAUAUACACAACAACAAACCAUUCGGUAGUUAUAAGAUCGAAUGCGAAGAAAUGCCCAGCUAUGUCAGGAGAUAACAUCUGUGACUAGUUUCUGUCGAUAGGGAAACUCAUCGUGCUCGGUAUUGUACAUCGCGAAGAUCUGAUAUGAAAGAGGAGAACAGAGGGAUGCAAGGGGUGAAUAAUAGUGAAAGCGUUUCUGAGCAUCUAUGUCAGCUAAAACCCUGAAUGGUACAGUGCCGAGAAUGGAGGCCCCCCGGAGAAAAUGGUACAGUGCCGAGCAUGGAGGCUUCCCUGGAGAAAAUGGUAGUGCAAAGAAAUUGAGUCCAUCACUUAUUUUAUUAAUUACUGAAUAAACUAAUUUACUUUUGCAAUGAAUACUAAAAUGAAUAUUGUAUUAAAGAAAACAACGACAGUGAAUUCAUUCACCAUUUCAAAUUUUAUACAGUCUGAUAGCUGACAAUGGUUCGAUAUAUUUCAAUCGAGUUUCAUCCAUACAAU